CUCUUGUGUAUUACGUACGUGUACUUUUGCUACGUACUCUCACCAGUUCGUUCGCCGUAAUCGUGACGGCACUGCUCGUCCGGCGCCAAAUUUGGGGAGAAUAAUGAUAAAAAUUAAAAAUGAUACAAAAAAUCCCGGGUGGAACGGUGUUCCGGUUGUUCUCUCGCACGGAAACCGGAGCUCGGAGGGAACGGGAUCUCUCCGGCGGUGGCGACGGAUGCCAAAGAAAAAGCAGAGUUCGGUCCUCUCGGAUCUGAUCGAGUGUUCCCGAGUUGCGAUCCCGGACCGAAGCGCACGCAGCGUGUUACAAUACAAUACAGCACAAUACAACACAACACAGCACAACACAACACAAUCCGUUGGUGCACCUUUUUUCUAGUUUGUUUUGGGUUGGCACACGAAAUCCCUUGCGAGAAAUCCCGCAAAACAAAAAGUGCCCGGUGAUUCCAUUUUCCGCGACGGGGAAGGGGUUCCCUCGCGUCCUCCCCGAGAUCCGGGACCCAUGCCGCCCGCCCUCCCCGUGGACCGGCCCGCUCCUUCCGCCGGGGCCUUCCCGGUGAGGGUGUCCGCCGGCGAGUCGCGGUCUCGGUCUCGGUCGCCCUCUCUUCCGCCCUCCUUUCUGGCGUCCCCGGCGUCCUCGCUUCCCCACUCGUCGUCGUCMUCGUCCUCGUCCUCGUCGUCGUCCCUGACGUCGGGGUCCGCCUCGGAAAUCACGACGAGCCCCAGCGGGGGGGACAGCGAGGAGGGAUGGGAGGCAGCGGCGGACCGGAGGAUCGAGGAGGUCCUGCGGCAGCGAUCGAACUGGUGGAGCAGCUCCGGAAUCCUUCCGUCGGACGAGGACGAGGACAACGACAACGACAAUGACAACGACGAGAACAAUGGCGAGCGAGACCACGGAGCCCAGCCCCGGGCCAUGGGGGAAAGGGUGCAACCAUCCGGUCCGGGCACCCAACCACCAUCGCUCACCCGGGCCAGCGAGAACGGCAGCGGCAGCGGCAACGACAACAACAACAACGACAACAACAACAACAACAACAACAACAACAACAACAACGAGAACCACGACGACGACCAGCGGCACCGGUACCAGAUGCUCUCGUCUUCCAUCGAGGCCUUUACGUCCACGAUUUCGUCCGGUCCCCUCCUCGAGCGGGUGGGCCGGAACAGCGACCAGGGGCCCGCGGGCAGCGACACCAAGACGGGCAGCGCCAAGGGGAAACACAGCGGGAGGGGCAAAACCAAAAAGGAGAGCUGGAGAACCCGGUGGAAGAACCGGAGGCAGAAGUCUUCCUCCUCCUCGUCGACGACGGCGAGCGAGAACGCAGCGAUGCACCCGGGGCCGCCGAAGAACAACACGAACGCCGGCUUGAACCCGACCCCAAGCCAAGAAGAAGAAGAUCGGCACCCCUUUCCGCGCCACCACUUUCGGCAGCAGCCGCAGACGCAGCAGAACGGCCGGGACGAUCCCGACAUUCCGGAGCGGUCGGAGGGCCACCGGUCGAUUCCGCAUCCCACACGGCCGAGGAACGAUCGGGAGGAGGAAAGCCGGGAGCCCGGGCAACAACAGCAACAGCAACAACAGCAGCAACAGCAGCAGCAACAGCAACAGCAACCGAUGCAAGAGCACCUCUCGUUCCUCAAGGCACGGGAUCCCUCGAACCCAGCGGCGGCAACGGCAGCGCCAGCGGCAGGCAGAAUCGCGGGCGGCGGCAGGCCACCGGAAGAGUCCACCGGCAAGCCCCCCCUCAUCGUCAAGAUCCCGUCGGACUACCGGAGUGACGCCGACACGGAAAUCAUCAGCAACAAGCUGCUGGCGGACCUGGUCCCACACCACCAACACGCGGCUUCCGCUUGUGUGGUUGUGGCGGCGGCGGCGAUGGAACAGCAUGGAUACCGGCAGGGCCGGGGAGUCCGCGGCGGCGACGAACGCGAGAACGACGACGACGACGACGAAAGCAGCCACCGCCACUACUACAACCACGCAAAGAACUUUCGCGGCGGCAGCCGCAGCCAGUCCCCGGCCCGGGGCCGGCCCACGAGCCCGCCGGCGCUCGAGCGCUACGGCCGCCCUUCGGCCCACGAGCCACGGUCCCGGAGGCGGCCCCAAGCCGGCCGCCAGACCCGGAGCCACUCGCCGACCUCCCGGGGCGGCUCCCGUUUGGGAAGCAGCACUGGCAGCGGCGGCUGGAGCGACACCACCGACAGCGAGGCACGCGGCUUCCGGCGGGGAAAGCGGGGCCAGGUGCGGGGGACCUCCCCGCUGCGCCACGCCCCGGUGCCGCAGGGGGACGGCGACCACGGGAUGAGCCGGAGCGGGCACCGGACGACGGGCAGCGGGAGCGGGGACCGUGGUGCUUCCGAACCCGGCAGCGAAAGCCCGGAGGCCUUUGGCGGGCCGCCGGUGCGAUCCACGGCCGGGAGCGAUCCGUGGAACAGCGACGGCGGGGCCGGGAGCGCCGACCGGACGACCAGCAGCGGGGCCGGGAGCGAUCCAUGCAGCCGGAGCAUCGGCGGCAGUGGCGAGAACAGCAACCGCAGCGAGGAGGACGACGACGACCACAACAACGACAACAACGACAACAACAACCACAACCACAACGACGACGACGACGACAAGAAGAAGAAGAAGAAAAAGAAACGAGACGACGACGGCAAUCGAGAUGGAAGGUUGAGCUGGAAAUCGGAUCCGGAGAGGAGCUUCAGCGACUGGACACUGGAAAUAUCCUAUCGAGAACGCAGCAAUCGCGAGCCCCGUGUCGAUGUGUAUCACCUCCACAAAAACAUUGUAGCCUUUGGAAUCCGAAAGAGCGAUCGCAUUCUCCGAGACAUCAGGGCACUCGAGCAGAACCAGAAAACUGUGGCUUCGGAUUCGAGUGCGGAUUCGAAUUCUUCACGUCCUUCCGCGAACGACCUUCCACGAGGCAGCACGAGCAGCUAUGUUCACUACGAUAGCGAAGACAUGAAUGACCGUGGUGACGAGAACGAAUCCAAAACCUGUCUCUAUCUUUCCACCGAAAGCCAGGCAAGGGCCGUUCCAAUGGUGUUGGAUUUUUUGUACCACAGCAAAGAAAUGAAACACAAGCUGACGGCCGACAUGGCCUGCAACAUUUUCAAAAGCGCCGAGGUCCUCGAGAUUUCGACGCUGCAGAAGGCCAUCGGGGAGUUCUACAUGAAAAAUCUCACGCUCAAAAACCUGGGAGAGUUUCUGAGCCUUGCCACCCGGGCCAGGGCCGACAAGCUGCUCACCAUAUGCAAGGCCAAGAUCGGACAGAUGAUUACCGAACAGCCCGAGCUCUCGGGGCUGGUGCCCCCGAAGUUCAUGGCCGACAUCUUGUCAAUCAGCAGCCAGCAGCUCGAGGAGGCCCGGAAGCUCUACCCCGAAAAAUACACGGACGAACUGAUCGUGUCCCAGUCGCUCUACUGGAGCAAGGCGGCCUGCAUCUGCGCCGCCGCGAACGAGAGCAUCCUGACGGGCAGGCUCUUUCGGAGGCUCACCUCGGAAGAGAGUCUUCCGUACAUCGAUGUCUCGGCGACGCCCAAGCUCCUGGCGAUCGAGUCGCAAUUUCUGGGCGGAGCCGGUGUUCCGGAGGAGGCCCUCGUGGAACCAAGCGGGGGAGGAGGAAAACAGGACAGGUCCACCUCCACGUCCGGGGCUACCAACGAUCUUACGAGCCUACAGAAACGGUGCGUGGAAAGCAUCGCCAACGACUUUGAGACGUUCCAGGAGUGUUUCGAUUCCCCGGAAGCCCUGGGGGAAUCCCUGCGGCGAUUCCCCACGAACAUUCUGACCGAAAUUCUGCUCAGGUCGCGGCAGCAGCCACAAAUGGGCCAAUCGCAAUCGUCGCCGGGGUCACACAACACAAAAGGCUUGCAUUCUAAGCCAGGCUACUAGGGAAGGGGUUUUGGGAUUGGUAGUAAAGUUAAGGUUCACGA